UCUUGCCUUUCUCCGAUAAAAGGACAACACUCCUUAGCUUUCUUUCUGAGUUAGAAUUCUUCUCCACUUCUCUCCUAAGGCUCUAUUUUCUCUCUCUAUCUGUACAAUUCUCUCUCUAUUUUAUAGAUUAUAUACACAUAAUCGUAGUCGAUCUUUAUAGGGAACCCCUAGUUUUUCGAUCGCAAAAUCAAACCUUUUCAUACUAAUCUCUAUUUAUCGCUUAUUUAACUUUCCCAUUUUUAGUUUUUGCAGCGGGGAUCCCAUCACUGAACGAAAAACCCUACUUUUCUAGUUCAAAUUUGUUAUUACUAAUCCAAUUGUUGUUAAUUUAUUAUCUUUUGGUAAAUCGAUCAAUUCCCGAUUGUGGAGAAUUGGUCGAUUCUCGAUCGCUUUCUUUUCCUCCUGCAAUGCUUUUUGAUUCGAGAUGAAGCUCAAGCGAAGGAGGCCUUUGGAAGUGCCUCCCAAAAUUAAAUCCUUCAUCAAUAGUGUUACUGCUACUCCAUUCGAGAAUAUAGAAGAAUCCCUAAAAAGUUUUGUCUGGGAGUUCGAUAAGGGGGAUUUUCAUCAUUGGGUUGAUCUUUUUAAUCAUUUUGAUUCAUUUUUUGAGAAGCACAUAAAACAAAGAAAAGAUCUGCAGGUUGAGGACAAUUUUUUGGAAUCUGAUCCUCCCUUUCCUAGAGAAGCCGUUCUUCAAAUUCUACGUGUUAUCAGAAUAAUUUUGGAGAACUGCACAAAUAAGCAUUUUUAUAGUUCUUAUGAGCAGCAUCUUUCUUUCCUUCUUGCUUCCACUGAUGCAGAUGUGGUAGAGGCUUGCCUGCAGACUUUGGCUGCAUUUCUGAAAAAAACUAUUGGAAAAUAUUCCAUUCGAGAUGCUUUUCUGAACGCAAAGCUAUUUUCUCUGGCUCAGGGAUGGGGUGGAAAGGAAGAGGGCCUUGGAUUGAUUGCAUCUACUUUGGAAAAUGGGUGUGAUCCUGUUGCAUAUGAGUUAGGUUGCACACUCCAUUUUGAGUUCUAUGCACUGGAUGAGUCCUCAAGCGAGAACCACACUGGAGAUCAGUCAAAUCGAGGUCUGCAGAUCAUUCAUUUACUGAAUGUCAAUACUUGCCCGGAAACAGAUCUAGAGCUUUUGAAUAAGUUAGUUGCAGAGUACAAAGUGCCCCCCAGUUUAAGAUUCUCACUGUUGACAAGAUUGCGUUUUGCAAGGGCUUUUGGUGCUUUAGCUUCUCGCCAACAGUAUACAUGCAUUCGACUGUAUGCCUUCAUUGUUCUUGUUCAAGCAAGUAGUGAUGCUGAUGACCUAGUUUCUUUCUUUAAUUCUGAGCCAGAGUUUGUAAAUGAGUUAGUUUCACUGCUGAGUUAUGAAGAUGCAGUUCCUGAGAAAAUUAGAAUCUUAUGUCUCCUAUCAUUGGUUGCUCUUUCUCAAGAUCGGUCUCGCCAACCAACUGUGUUGGCUGCUGUCACAUCUGGUGGGCAUCGCGGCAUCCUGUCUAGCCUCAUGCAGAAAGCCAUUGACUCUGUUAUCAGUGGUACAUCAAAAUGGUCUGUUGUUUUUGCAGAGGCUUUAUUAUCCCUUGUCACUGUUUUGGUCUCAUCAUCGUCUGGUUGCUCAGCCAUGCGUGAGGCAGGGUUUAUUCCUACUCUUCUACCUCUUCUUAAGGAUACAGAUCCUCAGCACUUGCAUUUGGUUGGCACAGCAGUACAUAUUCUAGAAACUUUCAUGGAUUUCAGUAACCCAGCUGCUGCACUGUUCAGAGAGUUAGGUGGUUUAGAUGAUACCAUCUCUCGCUUGAAAGUAGAAGUAUCAUAUGUAGAAAAUGGUUCAAAGCAACCAGGUGAAGAUUCUGAUUUGAGGGUGAGAAAUCUGCAAGCAGUCUCAGGUGCUUCCUCUGAGCUAGAUAAUAUGCACCCACUGUAUUCUGAGGCACUGGUUUCAUAUCAUCGGCGCUUACUUAUGAAAGCUUUAUUACGUGCUAUAUCCCUUGGAACAUACGCCCCUGGCAACACUUCUCGUAUCUAUGGAUCUGAGGAGAAUUUGUUGCCACAAUGCCUAUGCAUAAUCUUUAGAAGAGCAAAAGAUUUUGGUGGUGGGGUGUUUUCACUUGCAGCAACUGUUAUGAGCGAUCUAAUUCACAAGGAUCCUACCUGUUUUUCUGUACUGGAUGCAGCUGGUCUUCCUUCUGCAUUCCUGGAUGCUAUAAUGGAUGGUGUUCUCUGCUCUGCAGAAGCCAUAAUGUGCAUACCUCAAUGUUUGGAUGCUUUGUGCUUGAACAAUAAUGGUCUUCAGGCAGUAAAAGAUCGUAAUGCUUUGAGGUGUUUUGUGAAAAUAUUUACAUCUAGAGCACAUGUUCGUGCCCUCGCUGGUGAGACACCAGGGUCCUUGUCUACUGGUCUGGAUGAACUAAUGCGCCAUGCUUCUUCUCUGCGCGGGCCUGGGGUUGAUAUGGUUAUUGAAAUCUUGAAUACCAUUUCAAAAAUUGGGUCUGGGGCUGAUGCCUCCUGCACAUCCUCAGAUCCUCCUUGUUGCUCUACUGCUGUUCCAAUGGAAACUGAUGCUGAAGAAAGGUGCUCAGUUCCAGCAGAUGAUAGGGAAUCUAUCAGGACAGAUAGUCUGGAGCAUCCCACUGAAUCAACUUCUGAUGCUGCUAUCGUGAAUAUUGAGUCAUUCCUUCCUGAUGCUGUAAGCAAUGCUGCACGUCUUCUUGAAACAAUUCUUCAGAAUGCUGACACGUGUCGUAUAUUUAUUGAGAAGAAGGGGAUUGAUGCUGUUCUACAAUUAUUUAACUUGCCUCUAAUGCCCCUUUCAGCAUCUAUUGGUCAGAGUAUCUCUAUUGCCUUUAAGAACUUCUCACAGCAGCACUCUGCAUCUCUGGCUCGGGCAUUAUGCUCAUUCUUGAGAGAACAUCUGAGGUCCAUGAAUGAACUUUUAGUUUCAGUUGGAGGAAUUCAGCUAACUAAAGUUGAAUCUGCUAACCAGACAAAAGUUCUGAGAUAUUUUUCCAGCCUUGAGGGUAUACUCUCUCUAUCCAAUUUUUUGUUGAAGGGGACUUCGACUAUUGUCUCUGAGUUAGGCACUGCAGAUGCUGAUGUUCUGAAGGAUCUUGGGAAGACGUACCGGGAAAUAAUUUGGCAAAUUUCUUUGUGUAAUGACUCAAAAGUGGAUGAGAAGAGGCAUGCAGAUCAAGAAACUGAGAAUGCGGAUGCAGCUUCCUCUAAUGUCGUCGGAAGAGAUAGUGAUGAUGACGCAAAUAUUCCAGUUGUGAGAUACAUGAACCCAGUUUCUAUUAGGAAUGGUACACAGUCCCUGUGGGGCGGGGAGAGGGAAUUUCUUUCAGUUCUUCGAUCCGGAGAAGGCCUACACCGUCGUAGUCGACAUGGAUUGGCACGUAUACGUGGUGGGAGGACUGGUCGCCACCUUGAUGCUUUAAACAUAGAUUCUGAAGUUCCAAUGCAUGCACCAGAAACUUCAUUGCAGGAUUUGAAAAAGAUAAGUCCAGAUGUUCUCGUCCUGGAAAUUCUGAACAAGUUGGCAUCCACAUUGCGCUCUUUCUUUACAGCUCUUGUCAAAGGAUUUACAUCACCUAACCGUCGUAGAGCUGAUGUUGGGUCAUUGAAUUCAGCCUCAAAAACCCUUGGAUCAGCCCUGGCAAAAAUAUUUCUUGAGGCACUCAGUUUCUCUGGUUAUUCUACCUCUGGCCUUGAUAUGUCACUAUCAGUGAAAUGUAGAUAUCUUGGGAAGAUUGUGGAUGAUAUGGCAGCUCUCACAUUUGACAGUAGGCGUCGAACUUGCUACACAGCAAUGGUUAAUAAUUUUUAUGUACAUGGAACCUUUAGGGAGCUGCUCACUACAUUUGAAGCUACAAGUCAAUUACUAUGGACUUUACCCUACCCUUUUCCAAUCACAACUGCUGAUAAUGAGAAGGCAGGUGAAGGAAAUAAAUUUUCUCAUAGUUCAUGGCUGCUUGACACGUUACAAAGUUAUUGCCGUGUGCUCGAGUAUUUUGUCAACUCCUCUUUACUCUUAUCUGCAACCUCUGCUUCCCAGGCCCAGCUGCUUGUCCAGCCAGUUGCAGUUGGUUUAUCAAUUGGUCUGUUUCCUGUUCCAAGGGAUCCUGAAGUCUUUGUUCGCAUGUUGCAAUCUCAGGUUCUGGAUGUAAUACUGCCUGUCUGGAACCAUCCCAUGUUUCCAAAUUGUAGUCCAGGAUUCGUUGCUUCUAUUGUUUCAAUUGUUACACAUAUAUACUCUGGUGUUGGAAAUGUAAAAAGAAAUCACAGUGGUCUUCCAGGAAAUACAAAUCAAAGGUUCAUGCCACCUCCUCCUGAUGAGGGAACCAUUGCAACCAUUGUAGAAAUGGGUUUUUCGAGGGCAAGAGCUGAGGAAGCAUUAAGGAGGGUAGAAACAAACAGUGUUGAGAUGGCAAUGGAGUGGCUAUUUAGUCAUGCUGAUGAUCCCGUGCAGGAGGAUGAUGAACUGGCUCGGGCACUUGCUUUGUCACUAGGGAGCUCAUCAGAAGGAUCUAAAAUUGACAAUGUAGACAAGUCAAUAGAUCUACUGUCAGAAGAAGCACAAAUGAAGGCACCUUCUGUUGAUGAUAUUCUUGCAGCAUCAGUAAAGUUAUUUCAGAGUAGUGAUACGAUGGCAUUCUCAUUGACAGAUUUGCUGGUGACUCUCUGCAACAGGAACAAAGGAGAAGAUCGUCCAAAAGUGGCAUCUUAUCUUAUUCAGCAGCUAAAGCUUUGUCCGUUGGAUUUUUCAAAGGAUUCUAGUGCUUUGUGUAUGAUAUCACAUAUUUUAGCAUUGCUUCUUUUUGAGGAUGGAACUUUACGUGAAAUUGCUGCAGAAAAUGGUAUCAUACCCGCAACUAUAGAUAUUCUGAUGAAUUUCAAGGCUAGCAACACAUCAGCAAGUGAGAUUCUUGUCCCAAAAUGCAUUAGUGCUUUACUGCUGAUCUUGGACAAUAUGUUGCAAUCCAGGCCUAGAAUCUCUUCUGAAGCUCUGGAAGGAACUCAGACAGGAUCCCUGCCAGAUUCUUUAGUUUCUGCUUCAACCAUAGAGGGAAAAUUGCCUUCAGAUGUUUCUGAGAGGCAAACUGGCUCAGCCUUUGAGAAAAUAUUGGGGAAGUCUACUGGUUAUCUGACUAUGGAAGAGAGUCAUAAGGUGCUCCUACUUGCUUGUGACUUGAUGAAGCAACAUGUUCCUGCUGUCAUCAUGCAGGCUGUUCUGCAGGUAUGUGCUCGCUUGACAAAAACUCAUGCUUUGGCACUUCAGUUUCUUGAAAGUGGAGGCUUAGCAGCGCUUCUUAAUCUUCCAUGGAGUUGCUUUUUCCCUGGAGUUGCUUCUGCUAUCAUUCGGCAUCUCAUUGAAGAUCCUCAAACGCUGCAAACUGCUAUGGAAUUGGAGAUACGACAAACUUUGAGUGGGAACAGGCAUGUGGGUCGUACUAACCCACGGGCAUUUUUGACAACAAUGGCGCCUGUUAUUUCUAGAGAUCCUGUGGUGUUUAUGAAAGCUGCAGCUGCAGUUUGUCAAUUGGAAUCAUCAGGGGGGAGGACCAUUGUGGUGUUAUCAAAAGAAAAAGAGAAGGAAAAGGACAAAUCAAAAGCAUCAGGUACUGAAGAAUCUGUCCGGAUUUCUGAAAACAAGGUUCAUGAUGGUUUAGGUAAAUGUGCCAAAGGCCAUAAAAAGAUUCCUGCAAAUCUUACUCAAGUAAUUGAUCAGCUUCUGGACAUUGUUUUGAAAUACCCUUUGCUGAAAAGUGAGGGAGGUACAAGUCACUCAACAUCUAUGGAGGUAGAUGAACCUGCAAUCAAGGUGAAGGGCAAAUCCAAGGUUGAUGAGACAAGGAAAAUGGAGUCUGAAUCAGAAACAUCUGCUGGUUUUGCCAAGGUGACUUUUGUUCUCAAGUUGUUGAGUGAGAUUCUUCUUAUGUAUGUACAUGCAGUUGGGGUCAUACUAAGGCGGGAUUCAGAAUUGUGUCAACUCCGUGGACCUAAUCAAACAGAUAGGUCAGGGCAUGGUGGGAUACUUCAUCAUGUCUUGCAUCGGCUGCUUCCAAUAUCUGCUGACAAAUCUGCCCGGCCUGAUGAAUGGAGAGACAAGUUGUCUGAAAGGGCUUCAUGGUUCCUGGUGGUUCUAUGUGGCCGAUCUGGGGAAGGGCGGAGGCGAGUGAUUAGUGAACUUGUCAAAGCUAUUUCAUCAUUCUCAAACUUGGAGAGCAAUUCAAGUAAAAGUGUGUUAGUACCUGAUAAAAAGGUUUUUGCAUUUGCUGAUUUGGUGUAUUCUAUUUUGUCAAAAAAUGCAUCAUCUGGCAAUUUACCUGGUUCUGGAUGUUCACCGGAUAUCGCAAAAAGCAUGAUUGAUGGGGGGAUGGUGCAGUCUCUAACAGGUAUUCUCCAGGUAAUGGAUUUGGACCAUCCUGAUGCACCCAAGAUUGUUAAUCUUCUACUCAAGGCUUUGGAAAGCCUGACAAGGGCUGCUAAUGCUAGUGAGCAAGUUCUUAAAUCUGAGGGUCUGAACAAGAAGAAACCAAUUGCAUCAAAUGGAAGACAAAAUGAUCAGACAACCACAUCAACUUCUGAGGCAGUAGAGCACAACCAGAAUAGUGGUGGCACAGCAGAAGCUCCAAAUGGAGGGAGUGAAGGACGAAGCCAAGUUAAUCAAAGUGAGGGUAAUCUAGAUCCACAUCCAAAUCAGUCUGUGCCACAAGAUAUGAGGAUAGAAGUAGAAGAGACGAUGGGAACCAACCCACCUAUGGAAGAGAUUGGAAUGGAUUUCAUGCAUGAAGUAAUGGAAGAAGGUGGUGUUUUGCACAAUGCUGACCAAAUUGAUAUGACUUUUAGGGUUGAGAAUAGGGCGGAUGAUGAUAUGGGUGAUGAGGAUGAUGACAUGGGAGAUGAAGGUGAGGAGGAUGAAGAUGAUGAUGAUGGGGAGGAUGAGGAUGAGGAUAUUGCUGAAGAUGGUGCUGGCAUGAUGUCUCUAGCAGAUACUGAUGUGGAAGACCAUGAUGAUACUGGUUUGGGGGAUGACUACAAUGACGAGAUGAUUGAUGAAGAUGAUGAUUUUCAUGAGCAUCGUGUCAUAGAGGUAAGGUGGAGGGAAGCCUUUGAUGGGCUAGAUCAUUUACAGGUACUUGGCCAACCUGGAGCCACAAGCAGUCUAAUUGAUGUUGCAGCUGAGCCCUUUGAGGGGGUGAAUGUGGAUGACCUUUUUGGUCUUCGCAGGCCUCUGGGAUUUGAGCGUCGGCGUCAAAGUGGUAGAUCUUCCUUUGAGCGAUCUGUCACUGAAUCAAAUGGAUUUCAACAUCCACUUCUCCUAAGACCAUCACAAUCAGGGGAUCUAGUUUCUAUGUGGUCUUCAGGUGGACAUUCAUCCAGGGAUUUAGAAGCCCUUUCAACUGGGAGCUUUGAUUUAGCUCACUUUUACAUGUUUGAUGCCCCUGUUCUUCCAUAUGAUCAUGUGCCAAGUAGUCUCUUUGGUGAUCGUUUGGGUAGCGCAGCUCCCCCACCUUUGACUGAUUAUUCAGUAGGUAUGGACUCAUUGCAGAUACAGGGCCGAAGAGGUCCAGGGGAUGGUAGGUGGACUGAUGAUGGUCAGCCACAAGCAAGCACCCAAGGUGCUGUAAUUGCACAAGCAGUAGAGGAAACCUUCCUGUCUCAGUUGCGCAGUCUCACUCCUGUCAGUGGUCAUGCUGAAAGGCAGUCUCAUAUUUCUGGAGUGCAAGAGAAUCAACAAUCUAAUGACCCUCCUUCCUAUGAUGGCCAGGUAGUAUUGGGAGGUUCAGGUGAUAACACUAGCAGUCAGCAAACUGAAGUUCAGCAGCAAGAAAAUAGUAACGAAGUGACACAUCAGCUUAAUCCUACAGUUGAAUUUGUUUCUAGCCAAGAGCAAGUCAAUCUCACAUCUCCAGUUGAAGAUGCAGGUGAAUGUUUACUGGUGCAUGAGCCCAUGUCAGUUCAAACAAUUUCUCUGAAUAAUACACCAAAUGGUCAUGAUAACAUGGAAAUCGGGGAAGGCAUUGGAACUGCAAUUGAUCAAGUAGACACAAUGCCAGAGCCUAUUAACUCAUCUGCAGAACAUAAUGCUGCUUUGCAAUGUGAAGCAGUUGCAGAAGCACCUGCUGGUCUCCAUGAUGUGCCUGUUCAGGCUGUGGGUUGUGAUGGUCAUGCAACAUCCAAUGGUCAGUCCAAUAAUGUGUUCAUAGAUUCUGGUUUGGUAAUGGUUAAUCUAGAUUCUUCACAUGUUGAUGUGGAUAUGAAUGGUACUGAUGCUGAAGGAAAUCAGUUGGAGCAACCCAUUCCUGACUCCGAACACGCAUCGGAUGAGCCGUUAUCUAGGCAAGAUACAGUGGUUCCUCAGGAAGCUAAUCAGGCUGACCAAGUUAGUGCAAAUAACGAGGCUUCUGGUGCAAAUGCAAUUGAUCCAGCCUUCUUGGAAGCAUUACCUGAAGAUUUACGGGUGGAAGUUCUAGCUUCACAGCAAGCUCAGUCUGAUCAACCUCCAACUUACACACCACCUCCUGUUGAUGAUAUUGAUCCUGAGUUUUUGGCUGCCCUUCCUCCAGAUAUUCAAGCAGAAGUUUUAGCCCAACAAAGAGCACAAAGGAUUGCACAGCAGGCUGAAGGACAGCCUGUUGACAUGGAUAAUGCUUCAAUAAUUGCUACUUUCCCUGCUGAUUUGCGUGAAGAGGUACUUUUGACUUCUUCAGAAGCUGUAUUAUCAGCAUUACCUUCUCCUUUGCUUGCUGAAGCUCAAAUGCUAAGGGAUCGGGCAAUGAGUCAUUAUCAGGCUCGCAGCCUGUUUGGAGGCAGCCACAGACUGACUAGUCGGAGGAAUGGGUUGGGGUCUGAUAGGCAUACAGUGAUGGACAGGGGUGUAGGAGUGACCAUUGGACGGAGGGCAGCUUCAGCAAUUGCGGAUAGCAUGAAAGUAAAAGAAAUUGAAGGUGAGCCACUUCUGGAUGCCAAUGCGCUGAAAGCUCUGAUCCGCCUCCUGCGGCUGUCACAGCCCCUUGGGAAAGGCCUUCUGCAAAGACUUCUGUUAAACCUCUGUGCACAUAGUGUUACAAGGGCAACUUUAGUUCGUCUUCUGCUUGAUAUGAUAAAACCUGAAGCUGAAGGAUCAGUUAGUGAACUGGCAACAGUCAACUCCCAGAGGCUUUAUGGCUGUCAGUCAAAUGUUGUUUAUGGUCGAUCACAAUUGUUGGAUGGCCUUCCUCCUUUGGUUUUGCAUCGAAUUCUUGAAAUUUUGACGUAUUUGGCUACAAAUCAUUCAUCUAUAGCAAAUAUGUUAUUCUAUUUGGAUCCUUCAAUUGUCCCAGAGCAUGCAAGUCCAAACUACUUGGAAGGUAAGAUGGAUAAGGGCAAAGAGAAAAUUGAGGGUGGUGGGGAUCAACCAGAACCUGUGGUAAAUGUUGAUGAUGUUCCUUUGAUACUGUUCCUGAAGCUCUUGAAUCGACCACUUUUUUUACGCAGCAGUGCACACCUUGAGCAGGUUAUGGGAUUGCUUCAAGUAGUAAUUUACACAGCUGCAUCAAAAUUAGAGUGCCGGUCCCUAUCUGGACUGACAAACACAAAAUCUGAAAAGCAAACUGUGAAUAAAACUUCGGGUGGUGAUAUUCGAAAAGAUCCUCUGCUGGAACCAGAAUCUAGUCAAGAAGAUAAGUUUACUAGUGCUGAGUUAUCGACUUCAGAUGGGAAGAGGAGAUUUAGUAAAAGUAAUAUAUUCCUCCAGCUGCCGUUGCCUGAUUUGCGCAACCUCUGCUGCCUUCUUGGUCGUGAGGGAUUGUCAGAUAAAGUUUAUAUGCUUGCUGGAGAAGUGCUGAAGAAGUUGGCCUCAGUUGUUCCGUCCCAUCGCAAGUUCUUCAGUUCAGAGCUUUCAAAAUUAGCUCAUGGCUUGAGCAAUUCAGCUGUCAGUGAGCUUGUCACCCUGAGGAAUACACAGAUGCUGGGUCUUAGUGCUGGUUCCAUGGCUGGGGCAGCAAUCUUACGUGUGUUGCAAUCGCUUAGCUCACUCACCUCAUACAGUGUUAAUGAGAAUACAGGGCUGGAGAGUGAUGGAGAACGGGAGGAGCAAACCACCAUGUGGAAUUUAAAUGUGGCACUUGAGCCUUUGUGGCGAGAGCUAAGUGAAUGCAUUACUGUGACUGAGACACAGCUGGGUCAGGGUUCAAUUAGUCAAACUAUGUCCAAUAUUAAUAUGGGGGAGCUUGCGCAGGGAACUUCUUCUUCUCCUCUUCCUGCUGGAACGCAGAGGUUACUACCUUUUAUUGAAGCAUUCUUUGUUUUGUGUGAAAAACUACAAGCAAACAUUUCCAUCAUGCAGCAAGACAAUGCCAAUGUAACUGCAAGAGAAGUGAAAGAGUCUGCUGGUGGUUCUGCUUCCUUGACCAUAUCUUGCAGUACAGAUUCUCAGAGAAGACUUGAUGGUUCUGUCACAUUUGCUAGGUUUGCUGAGAAGCAUCGUCGGCUAUUGAAUACUUUUAUAAGACAGAAUCCUGGCUUGUUGGAGAAAUCACUUUCUAUGAUGUUGAAAGCACCAAGACUGAUAGAUUUUGACAACAAGAGAGCAUAUUUCCGAUCGAGAAUAAGGCAACAGCAUGAACAACACCUCUCUGGUCCUUUGAGGAUAAGUGUCCGCCGGGCAUAUGUUUUGGAGGAUUCUUACAAUCAGUUGAGAAUGCGACCUAGUCAGGAUUUGAAGGGACGGUUGAAUGUACAAUUCCAAGGUGAAGAGGGUAUUGAUGCUGGAGGUUUGACGAGAGAAUGGUAUCAACUAUUAUCAAGGGUUAUAUUUGACAAGGGAGCAUUGCUUUUCACAACUGUGGGGAAUAAUGCGACUUUCCAGCCAAACCCAAAUUCUGUCUAUCAGACUGAACAUCUUUCUUACUUCAAGUUUGUUGGUCGUGUGGUUGCAAAGGCACUAUUUGAUGGGCAACUUUUGGAUGUUUAUUUUACACGAUCUUUCUACAAACACAUUCUUGGAGUAAAGGUGACUUACCACGACAUAGAGGCUGUUGAUCCUGAUUAUUACAAGAAUUUGAAAUGGAUGCUAGAGAAUGAUGUGAGUGAAAUACCUGACUUGACAUUCAGCAUGGAUGCUGAUGAAGAAAAGCACAUCCUUUAUGAGAAAACUGAGGUUACUGAUUAUGAGCUUAAACCUGGAGGAAGAAAUAUAAGAGUUACAGAAGAAACAAAGCAUGAGUAUGUAGAUCUUGUUGCUGAUCAUAUCUUGACAAAUGCUAUUCGUCCUCAAAUCAAUUCCUUCUUGGAUGGGUUCAACGAAUUGGUCCCUCGGGAACUUAUUUCCAUUUUUAAUGAUAAAGAGCUUGAGCUUCUAAUCAGCGGGCUUCCUGAAAUUGAUUUGGAUGACCUAAAGGCCAACACCGAAUACACUGGCUAUAGUGCAGCAUCUAGUGUUGUCCAAUGGUUUUGGGAGGUGGUUAGAAGUUUUAACAAGGAAGAUAUGGCAAGACUGCUACAAUUUGUUACUGGAACAUCAAAGGUUCCAUUGGAGGGCUUCAAAGCAUUGCAGGGUAUUUCUGGUCCUCAACGGUUUCAGAUUCACAAGGCAUAUGGAGCUCCUGAGCGAUUGCCCUCAGCUCACACAUGCUUUAACCAGCUUGACCUUCCUGAAUAUACCUCCAAGGAACAACUUCAAGAACGUUUGCUGCUUGCUAUUCAUGAAGCGAGUGAAGGUUUUGGAUUUGGUUAGCCAGGGUUCAACUUCAAUGUGUUACUGUUGGCAGGAAGUUCCAGCAUUCUGUCUUCAGAUUUUGUGUAAAUAUCGGAUCGCUGAAACUUGUCUUUGCUGAAAUUCCCAUCCAGAUGGGGGAUUGAUUCAGGUGGGUAGGAAUUAGAAUAAAUUCAAGGGAUGGCAAGCUCAUCAGAAUUGGAUUAGAAGGUUUGCUGCUUCGUGGAGGAAAUCAAGUGAUGGUCUUCAGUAGCCAUAGGGCUGGGAAAUGUAAAUCAUUUUUGGGAUUUCUUGCCAUUGCCAGUGUUGAUCUUUGCAGAGCGUACAAAAUGUUGAUGGACAACCAUGUCAUUUCAAUGUUUAUAUUAGUAUUUUUUUUUUCCCUAA